UUUAUUGAGCACCUGCUGCUGCCAGCCGCGGUGCUGGGCGCUGGGGACUCAGCUGAAGGGACGGCAGAGCGGAGUGUCUUUUCUCAUGGAGCCCACCUGUCUGGCAUGGGGAGACACAACCAGGUGAGCUCCAGAGCCAGCGUCAGUGCAGCUGAAGGAGCUGUGGGCAGCCUGGCGGCUCCAGGAGGGCCUACGGGUCAUGGCAGGGAAGGUGAAGUGGGUGACUGACAUCGAGAAGUCAGUGCUGAUCAACAACUUUGAGAAGAGAGGAUGGGUCCAGGUAACGGAAAGCGAGGACUGGAAUUUUUACUGGAUGAGCGUGCAGACCAUCCGGAAUGUGUUCAGCGUGGAGACCGGGUAUCGGCUCUCGGACGACCAGAUCGUCAACCAUUUCCCCAACCACUACGAGCUGACGCGGAAGGACCUGAUGGUGAAGAACAUCAAGAGAUACCGGAAGGAGCUGGAGAAGGAAGGGAGCCCCCUGGCGGAAAAGGACGAGAACGGAAAAUACCUCUAUCUGGACUUCGUCCCGGUCACCUACAUGCUGCCCGCCGACUACAACCUGUUCGUGGAGGAGUUCCGGAAGAGCCCGUCCAGUACGUGGAUCAUGAAGCCGUGCGGCAAGGCCCAGGGCAAGGGCAUCUUCCUCAUCAACAAGCUCUCACAGAUCAAGAAGUGGUCCCGAGACAGCAAGACGACCUCGUUUGUGUCCCAAUCUACGAAAGAAGCCUAUGUCAUCUCGCUCUAUAUCAGCAACCCGCUGCUCAUUGGUGGGAGGAAGUUUGACCUGCGCCUGUAUGUGCUGGUGUCCACCUACCGCCCGCUGCGCUGCUACAUGUACAAGCUUGGGUUCUGCCGGUUCUGCACGGUGAAGUAUACGCCUAGCACCAGCGAGCUAGACAACAUGUUUGUCCAUCUCACCAACGUGGCCAUCCAGAAGCACGGGGAGGACUACAACCACAUCCACGGGGGCAAGUGGACAGUGAGCAACCUGCGCCUCUACCUGGAGAGCACCCGCGGCCGGGAGGUGACCAGCAAGCUCUUCGACGAGAUGCACUGGAUCGUGGUGCAGUCCCUGAAGGCGGUGGCGCCAGUGAUGAACAAUGACAAGCACUGCUUUGAAUGCUACGGCUACGACAUCAUCAUCGACGACAAGCUGAAGCCCUGGCUCAUCGAGGUUAACGCGUCCCCGUCUCUCACCUCCAGCACGGCCAACGACCGAAUCCUUAAGUACAAUCUGAUUAACGACACCCUCAACAUUGCGGUCCCCAACGGCGAGAUCCCAGACUGCAAAUGGAACAAGUCACCCCCGAAGGAGGUGCUCGGCAAUUACGAAAUUCUGUACGACGAGGAGCUGGCCCAGGGGGAUGGUGCCGAUAGGGAGCUCAGAAGUCGCGCAGGCCAGACGCCAGGGCCCAAAGGGGGCCGCUCACGAGACACCGGGAGGGCUGGCCUCACCACCUGGAAGUGACCUCCGGGAGUGACCACCUGGAAGCGACAUCCGGAAGUAGCCAGCCAGAAGUGACUGGCUGGGGCAAGCCGGCCCGGCCUGGGCUCUCCCUGCCGCGUCCUGCGGAGGCCGCCCCUUUAUCCAGUGCUCCCCCACUCCGGGCUGUGUGAACCAUAAAAUCACUGUGUUUGGAAGGCCAAGGAGUGUUAUUUCAUCAGGACUGAAAGGACAGACUGAAGCAGAUCCGCUGGGUGUGGUGGCGCACUCCUCUGAUCCCACCACGAGGAAGGCUGGGGCAGGAAGGAGGGUGGA